CUUCUACUCCACACAGCACGGGUGCGUCUCAGGACAGCAGCAGGAAUCCAAACACAACCAGUCCAAACACCAGAGACCCAGAUCACCCGGAAGACUGUACGUAGGACGCCGACAGACUCCAGAAAUCGUUUAACCAUGGCACAUAUGUUUAGUAUCUCCGACAAUGAGUCGGAGACAGAGACACCGGAAGACUGUGAGGUCUCGGACCAGACCAAAAAUAACAGUGGAUCACUGCAGACACAGCAGCAUCUCACUAUUUCUGAAAGGCUGAAAGGAGAACAACUGGGGAGACACAGGAAUCUUUCGAUGAAUGAUGAGGACCUGUUGGAGACCGGGGCAGCAGAUGAAGGCGAUUUGCUUGAUCCAUUCAGGCGCAGAUCUCGCUCCGCUCCUCCUGCUUUGUGGGCAGCUAAGAAAUACGGCCAACAGCUAAGGAGAAUGAGUGACGAGUUUGACGUCCUCCUUGAUAAAGGGAUGAAGAGGGUGAAGAGUGCAGGAACAACACGUCAGAUGCGGCAAUCCCCCAGCUGGUUGGCUUUUCUUUGGAGUCACAAAGAGUCUGAUGCUGAGUCGCGCCCCGCAGAGUGAUUGACAGUGAAUGAAUAAUGGAAGAGGAGAGAAAAGAGGACUACUGUACAUAACAAUUAGUUGCAGAAGAAAUGGAUGCGCUGCUGUGAAGAGAAGGAAUAAGUCCAUUGACUGAUUUUAAACCCUUUUUUUUAUGAACUGCACUGGGACCCUUGACUGUUAAAAGGCACGAUCGGUUUCUCGCUGGCAAGUGCUAGCCCUGCAAAGAUGACAAAACCAGAGAAUCUCCAACUCUGAGAAUAUUAUGCAGUAAAUCUCAUGAACGUGAGAAAGCUGAAUAUCAGCUUGCUCAAAGCAUAGACUUUCUAUCAUUCUGCCACAUCAUUUUUUUAAACUUAAGAUGAAAUAGUUUUUAAGAAGAACACAUCAAAAGAAGUUGAAGGUAUUUUAUUAUACAUCAUCUGUAAAGGACAUUUUCAAUGAUAUUUUUAGACCGUCAGCUGUACACAAUCUGUAUUUACUGCAGUGGGACUUUGGCCACUUUGAAAAGUCCUUUUGCUUUAUUACCAUCUCUGAGUCAUAGAAAUCUCUUGGAACUGUCUACAACCAACAACACCAAUAAGCAAAAGAGCCCAAAAACCAAGGCUGGGUCUAAAAAACCCAAGAGAGCAGGGGACACAAUCUUUACUGGUAUUACUUGAAAAUGACAGAUUUUCCAUGCCUUGUAAUUUUCUUUUUUAUUAAUUCAAAACAGCAUUUUAUUGUGAUGUCAUUU